AUGGCUCCGGGUAGGGUUCUGCUAGUCGCCGGCUCCGACAGCUCAGGCGGAGCAGGCUUGGAAGCAGGCCAGAAAGUGCUGGCAGCCCAUGGAUGCUACGCCAUGACGGCAACGACGGCCUUGACCGUCCAGAACACGACAGGCGUCAAGGGCAUCCACGUCAUCCCCUCGACCUUUGUUGAGCAGCAGAUGGAGGCGUGUUUGGAGGAUGUUGGAGCCGAUGUCAUAACCACCGGCAUGCUCGCGGCCGCCGACACCAUCGAGGCCAUUGCCCGGCAAGUCGUCAAGCAUAAAACGCGAGCUCUCGUUGUCGACCCAGUCAUGGUCUCGUCAUCGGGCGCCCAGCUCCUCCCGCACGAAGCCAUCCGGGGACUCUCCCAGCAUCUCCUCCCUCUCACCACCGUCCUGACGCCCAACCUGCCCGAGGCCAAGCUCAUCCUCGCCGAGGCCGGCAAUUCCGGCUCCGUCCCGCCGCCGCAGGGCGCCAUCGAGUCGGUAGUCGAUGUCGAGGCCCUGGGGCGCCAGAUCCAGGCCAUGGGUCCCCAAUGGGUGCUGCUCAAGGGCGGCCAUCUUCCCUUCCGUGCCGACAUGACGGUGGCGUCGACCGAGGCGGAGCGCGAAGUCGUGGUGGACGUGCUUCUCGGACCCGACGAUUUCGUUUUGCGCCUUCAGAGCCCGUGGCAGGAGAGCAUGAGCACCCAUGGCACCGGCUGCUCGCUGGCCGCUGCCAUCUCAUCCGGCUUGUCAAAGGGCCAGAACGUCCCGGUCGCGGUCCGAGCCGCGUGCCGAUACAUCGAGGCCGGAAUCCGCUCGGCCCCCGGGUUGGGCAACGGCUGCGGGCCGCUGGGUCACUUCCACUCGAUCCAGCAUCUACCCUUUUCACCCGGCUACUUUGUCGAGUACUUGCUUGACCGGCCAGACGUCAAAGCCGGGUACAUCAUCCAGGACUAUCUGUACCUCAUUCAUUUCGCGAGAGCCAAUGCCCUCGCGGCAUACAAGGCCAAAAAUGUCGACGACAUCAACAGGGCAACCGAAAUCGUCGGGCACAUCCUGCGAGAGCUCCAGCUACAUAUCAACUACUGCGAGUCCUUCGGCGUCUCCCUCUCCGAGAUGAAAGCCACAGAGGAGAAUCAAGCUUGCACCGCCUACACCCGCUACGUCCUCGACGUCGGCCAGAGCGACGACUGGCUCGCCCUCCAGAUGGCCCUGGCUCCGUGUCUUCUCGGCUACGGCGCCGUCGCGCAGAUGCUCGACGCCGACCCAAAGACGCGCCGCGAGGGAAACACGUACUGGCCCUGGAUCCAGAACUACAUUGCCGACGACUACGUGCAGGCCGUUGAGCUCGGCUCCCAACUGCUUGAAGAGAGCAUGCGGCUACAAUCGCCGAGCCGAAUAGAGGAGCUGGUCAAAAUAUUCAUCCACGCCACCAAGAUGGAGAUUGGCUUCUGGGAAAUGUUUCCCUUCAAAUGA